AUGGCCACCGCGCCCCCAUUCCUCGCUCCCACGGCGCACCCACUGCCCUCUCCCGAACGCCUUGCGGCCCUGUACGCGUUCACGCGUGCGCAGCGCGAGUCGAACCCGGACGGCUACGCCAGCAACGUGCGCUGGUGGGGUGAUGCGCUUGCUGCUGGUCUCGAGGCCGGCACUGUGGGCGCCAACAGCAGCGAUGGAGGGCGGGACACGCUCGUGCUCCGUGUCGACGACGCGCUUCUUGACGCACUGGCAAAGAACGGUACCCGGCCCAAGGGAAUCGCUGGCGUAGUGGACUCGCUGGCGUCAACGCCCGCCCUCCUCCCCCUCGCCCGCUUCCUAGACUCUCUCACGCCCAUCGAGCAGGGGCCCAGCAUCGCCUCGCGUAUCGUCGGUGCCGGGUGGAGCGCGCUCGGCCGCCUGAGCCCGUUCGGCGGCGAGCAGACCGAGGAGGGACUGUACAAGUCUACCAGGGGCAAGGAGUAUGUGCACGUCCCGAGCGUCAAGGCGGCCGCGGCCAAGUUUGUCGAGCGCCUCGACAACAACCCGCUCGUCAACUAUACCGACUCGCUCUUCUCACGCGCGAGCUUUCUCAAGGAGUUUGGCGAUAUCACAAGUCCCCAGGCCAACCUCAGCAAGCGCGACACGGACGUCCUGCUCCGCUGGCUGGCGCGCGAUGUCGGCAGCGUGGUCGUCGAGGGCGAUGUCAUCAAGAUCAUCUCUGGCGGCCAGCUGGCGUCCGACCACCCGAUCACCGAAGCGGACCGCGGCGCACUCGCCGUGCUCGGCACGCUAUCGCGCGUCGACGCGCAGAUCGCCGACAUUGAAGUCGAGGCCGCCGACUGCCAGGCCAAGGUCAAGCGCCAGCUGGGUCUGGGCCAGCGCGCCGCCGCCGCGUCAUACCUGCGCUCCAAGAAGAACCUCGACGACGUGCUCGCCAAGCGCGUCGCGACGGGCGAGCAGCUGCGCUCGGUCGUGCGCGCGCUCGACCAGGCCAAGGGCGAUGCCGAGGUCAUGUCCGCAUACGAGGCCAGCACGGCCGCCCUGGCCAGUGCGCUCUCGGACCCGCGCCUGUCCCCCGACCGCAUUGCGGCCACGACCGACGCCCUCGCCGACGCACUUGCCGACCAGCGCGAGAUUGACGACGCGGUCAGGCUCGGCGGCGACCUCGCCAACCCGGCCAUCGACGAGGACGAGCUCGAGAAGGAGCUGGCGGCGCUCGUGCUCGAGGACAAGGAGGAGAAGGAGGCCAAGGAGCGCAAGGAGCGCGAAGAGCGUGCUGCAGCGGACAAGAAGCGUGCGGACGCCGACGCCGCAGCGGCUGCUGCCGCUGCUGCUGCAAAGGUGCUUGCUCCCAGCGUGCCCUCGUCCGACCCCGGCUCCAAGGGUACCGACGCCGGCACGGCCGUGACUCCCGAGACGCAGUGGGCCGACCGCCACGCCGACGCGCAGCAGCGCGAGCAUGAGGAGCGUGAGCGCGCUGCUGCCGAGCAGCUCAAGCGCGACGAGCGCCUCGUCGCCGCCGAGUAG